UGGGGUUUGUGGUCCUUGCGGCGCCCUUCCCUGGGUUCCCCGCGCUACUGCGUCCAGAUCCGCCUAUUCUCUGCUCCCCCGAACCUUAAACCUUGUCUUGGCCCCUUUGGAGACCAGGAAGUUGAUAAAUCGCAGGGCCAGCUGCUGUAAGACGGUGGCUCGGGUGGGACAAUCGCCAGGGAUGGCGGAACGCGAGGAUGGAGCGGGUGUCUGGACUGCUCUCCAGGACGUUGAGCAGAGUCCUGUGGCUCUCCGGCCUCUUUGAGCGGGGAACUGCCCGGCAGCCCCGGAUCAUGGAAGAGAAAGCGCUAGAGGUUUAUGAUUUGAUUCGAACUAUCCGGGACCCAGAGAAGCCCAAUACUCUGGAAGAACUGGAGGUGGUAACGGAGAGCUGUGUGGAGGUUCAGGAGAUAAACGAAGAGGACUAUCUGGUUAUUAUCAGGUUCACGCCAACAGUACCUCAUUGCUCUUUGGCAACUCUUAUUGGACUGUGCUUAAGAGUAAAACUUCAGCGGUGUUUACCAUUUAAACAUAAGCUGGAAAUCUACAUUUCUGAAGGAACCCACUCAACAGAGGAGGACAUCAACAAGCAGAUAAAUGACAAAGAACGAGUGGCAGCUGCAAUGGAGAACCCCAACCUACGGGAAAUUGUGGAACAGUGUGUCCUUGAACCUGACUAAUAGCUGUUUUAAGAGCCAUUGAAUUUUAAUUGUUUGAUUGUUUAAACUCUUUGUAAAAUGUAAAAGACUCAUGUCUAAUACAUAGGUGAUUUAUACCUCAAAGCAUUUUUUAAAGGAUGGUUUUCAAGCAAGAUUUAAUAUAAGGUAGUACUUAGUUUGUUCAAUGUAUAACAUCCUCAGGAUUUAUAACGCUUAAAUGAUCAGACAAAAAUAUUUUCUAGUUAUGUGUAAGAACGAGUUGCUAUUUUUCUGAUGCCCAUUCUGAUACAACUGCUUUUCAUGUCAAAUAUUUACUGUGCCCAAAUAUAUUAAAUUGAAAUCAUUACUCUGUAAAAUAAAUAAAACAGAGAUGACUUUUGUAAUGACACAUCUUAUACUUUUUUUUUAAUCCACACGCAAGGACAUACUUACUGAUUUUAGAGAGCGGGGACGGGCAGGAGAGAAAGAGGGAGAGACACAUCGGUGUGAGAGAGAAUCAUUGAUCUGUUGUCCCUCGUAGGUGACCAGGUACCAAACCCACAACCUAGGUAUGUGCUCUGACCAGCAGUCCAACCCGUGACAUCUUGGUUUACUGGACACGCUGCAACCACCUGAACCACAGUGGCCAGGGCCACCUUUGAAUGCUUUAUUGAAUUUUCAAUGUCAGUGUCGACUGUAAGACUAAGGUUUAUUUUCUUAUUAUUAUUGUGGAAUCAGAGAUCUGAGAACCAAAAAGAACCCUUAAAAUCAGGCUGAGGCCCUGCCUUCCUUCAAGGAGAGUCCUGGACCCAAUUAUAGAUGAGGAACAAAUGUGGAGACGGCCAGAUGACAUACAUCAUUUUGAAGAUGAAGAAUUCCCCAAAGCAGUUUUGAUUAAAAGUCUACAUUUACAGUCUCAUUUACUUACUUUGUCCAGUUCGUUUUAGGGGAUAAUGGGCAUUUUGAGUAACAGGGAGUGGUAGGCAGCCUCCAUGAUGGCCCUUGGUUAUCUUGAUUCCUGGUAUUCAUGCCUUUCUGCAGUUUCUUUCCAUCCUGAAUCAGAGCUGGUCGACGGGAGUAAAUAAAGAAUCAGAGGUGACAGUAUGUGAUUUCUGAGGCUAGAUCACAAAAGAUGCUGCUGCUUUCACCUUCACCUCUUGGGUUGCUUGUUCUGCGGAAAUCCAGCCUCCGUGUCUGGGGAAUGUGGGAGCAGCCCUCUGGAGAAUUCCAGUGGAGAGGAACUGGAGCCUUCCACCGACAGCCAGCACCAACUUGCAGAUCCUGUGAGUGGUCCCAGUUGGAAGCGAUUUCCCAGCCCUCAUCAGGCCGAUAUCUUUAUUGGAAUCUCACAAGACCUUGAGCCAGUGCUGUCUGGUUAAGGCACUCCUUAAUUUUUGACCCAGAGAAGCUGUGAGCAAUAAUAAAUGUUUAUUUGUUCACACCA